GGCUAGGGUUGCUGGUUAUGCUUGGCUGUGGAUUCCAGGAAACGGCAGCCACCCGUGCGCUGCUCUUCCUCUCGUCCUCGCGAGUUGCUCGCCGGCGGGUGACAACUCCGGCCUUCAAUCGGCGAUAGAAAACAAAGGAGAGUGUUACGACGGCCGUGAUUAAGCUGCAGGGUGACAUCUGAACCCCACGCUUAAUUUUCUCAUGACUCUGCGCAGUUACUUCCGAUCCCCUCCUCCCUUCCUCCCGUCGAGUUCGGUUGUUGGUAGCCUCCUUCAACUAUAACUUCGAUAUCUUGCGUGGGGACGAAGAGACUUGCGAGCAUUUUAGGUCGAAGUUCCAUCCCCUGGGCUUGGGCAUCAGCGGCCGCAACUUCUCCUCUUUCCUGACGACUCGUAACACUGGUGACGGAAUCAUUUUUCUCUGUAUAUAGAAAAGAAAGCUUUGAUUCUCCUCUGUCUGUGAGCUUCAGCGAGGGAUUAUGGGCGAGGAUCUGUGAAAUUCAGCAAUAGUGUAACCUCCUCGUCGUCAAUCCGCAGCGAGUGCCCCCUUCGGCUAGAUCUGAGUAGUGCUCGACUUCCCUGGUCGGUUUUAGGAACUGCAGCAACUGUAGAGCCAAAAUCUUAUACCUGAGGACUGUUCGGAGCCAAUAGAGUUCCAACAACAGUGAAGCUUCAUAUUUGAUAGCCCUACAUCGUACUUCAACGCAGGCAUUGAUCUUCACUCCGCCGGUCCUAAGCUCACAACAAUCACCUUGUGUAAUUUUGUUGGUGGAAGUAGAGGCUCAAUUCUCUUGGAAUCAGGUGUCUUUCAACAGAAAAUAUUCCCAGCUUGGAUCGUUCAGUUACUCAGAUUUCUGAAAUAACAGUAGAAUUAUCCACAUAAUGGCAAGUGAGAAAAUUUUAACUGUUUGCCAAUCUGGAGGUGAAUUUGUAAGAAAUACUGAUGGAUCCAUGUCUUAUUCCGGUGGUGAAGCACAUGCAAUUGAUAUUGACAGUGAAAUGUCUCUGGAAGAUUUGAAGUCAGAAAUAGCGUCUAUGUUUAACUUCAAUGAUGAACCUUUCUCAAUUAAGUACUUCCUGCCAAGAAACAAACGGACUCCCAUAACAAUAUCCAAUGAUAAAGACUUGAAGCGCAUGAUUGCUUAUCAUGCAAAUUCAGAUACAACUGACAUUUAUGUCACAAAGAUCAGCGAAAGCAGGAUAAUUAGGAGCGAUGUAGCUGAUUCAGGUACCUUGAUUAAUGCUGACAUUACACCACUAGCCAACUUUAAUGAAGCGAAGCGGAUAAAGGUAUGCAGCGAUUGGGACAAUUUAAUCACUGGUGUGGGGCAGGUAUUCUCUACUUCAAAGGAUUUCCGUGACGCAUUGCACAAGUAUGCCAUUGCUCAUAGUUUCAUGUAUAAACUUGUUAAAAAUGACCAAUCUCGUGUGACUGCUGAGUGCACUGUUGAGGAUUGCCCAUGGAGAAUACAUGCAUCUAGGUCAUCAGCCAAACAAAAAUUCAUGAUUAAGAAAAUAAAUCCUACUCACACAUGUGGAAAGGAACUUACUAAAGAAAGUCAUAAGCUUGCAUCUCAAAGAUGGGUGGCUAGUGUUAUAAAAGACAAGCUGCGAGAGAUACCUAACUAUAAGCCGAAGGACAUAGCAAAUGAUCUUGAACGAGAAUAUGGACUCAGUUUGAAUUACUCACAAGCUUGGCGUGGGAAAUCUAUUGCCAAGAAAGAGCUUUACAACCCAUUUGAGGAGGCUUGCAAUCAACUUUCGUGGUUCUGCGAGAGAAUAAUAGAGACCAACCCAGGUAGUGUUGCAACACUGCACAAAUCAGAUGAUUUAAGAUUUCGUUUUUUUGUUGCCUUUCAUGCCUCACUAUAUGGUUUUGAGCAUGGUUGCCGCCCUCUUCUUUUUCUUGAUACUUUCUCACUGAAAGCAAAUAGACAUUUGAAGUUUUUAGCUGCAACUGCUGUUGAUGGCGAGAACGAUAUAUAUCCAGUUGCUUUCUCAGUUGUAGAUAUUGAGAAUAAUGAGACGUGGCAUUGGUUUUUGGAACAGCUCAAGUCUUCUUUUACUCUAUCCCGUGCUAUAACCUUCAUAUCAAAUGAUCAAAAUGGCAUGGAAGAGGAGUUGUCCAAGGUGUUUGAGGACAGCUUUCAUUGUUACAGUGAGCAAUACCUCAUUGAAAAUUUUCAGAAAGCGAUGGAGAGCUCCUGGUCACAAGAAGUGAAGGAUAAAAUGAUUGAUCAUCUUAAAAGUUCUAUUUAUGCUUAUACAGCGGACGAGUUCAAUGAUUGCAUAGAAAACAUCAGGAGUGAGUCGAAAGAACUUGCUGAAUGGGUACUGGGCACCAAACCUGAGACCUGGUCUGAUGCUUUCUUCAAGGGAUUGAGAUAUGGGAAAUACUCAUCUGUUGCUGUGGAGAAAUACAAUGACUGGCUGUCAGUAAGAUCUGAACCAUCAGUGCUCCAGAUAGUUGAUACUCUGAGGUGUAGCUUGAUGGAAAUGAUGUAUAGUCGCCGUGUCUCCUGUAAUACGUGGACUGAGGCUCUUGUACCCUCUGCCAAUCAGAAGGUGCAGGAGGACAUGAUCAGAGCCCAUUCUUUUGCAUUAGUGCGUCCAACUGGGACUGUAUUUGAGGUAAGUGACGAAUCAACUAAUGUCGUCAACACUGAAACCAAGGAAUGCACAUGCAGAAGGUGGCAGGUGAGCGGCUUGCCUUGUAUCCAUGCUCUUGCUGUAAUGGAGCACACUAAUGGAUGCAUAGAUGAGUACUGUUCCAAAUACUUUUCAAGUGAGUGCUAUCGCAUAGCUUACUCAUUGUCCAUCAACCCCAUACCUGAUGUUGGUAUGCCGGUUUGCUCUGACCCUUUUCAUAUUCCGGGUGCAUGUUCCCUCCGUGCACGCCGGCUUGCUGGCCGACCAAAAGAAAAGCCAGAAGAACCAAGGAUUGCAAUUAAAAGACCUCUUCGUUGCAGCAAGUGCCAAGCCAUUGGCCACAACAAGAGGACAUGUGAAACAGAAACACAGUCUGUGUAACCAUGUAGCUUUGCAGUUGAUGUACAUUUUCUAUGUUUCAUUUGGAAAAAUGGAGUUCACUUAUUGUAAAUGUACUAAUGGAAUUUGUGAUGCUUAGACACGGUAGGAAUUGAUAUUUUGGUCUCUUCCGGUUCUUUCUUUACCAGCCCGAAGGCUUGUAGCUUCCAAAAAUAUUUAGCUUUUGCUAAUAUCAAGUGUAGUUGAUUGACAA